AUGGUCCUCUUGGCAAGCUCCUCACAUCGGACAGCACGAUCAUCCGCCCGUGUCCGCUCCUCUUUUGCCGCCCUAAGCUCCGCCUCGGUUGAUUUGAGUCGCUCCUCAGCCCUCCGCAACUCCGCCUUCGCUCUAUUUAGCUCACCGGAACGUCUCGAACCUCCACUACGACCUCCUUCCCACGGGCUCCACUUGAACCGUGGUCUCGAGAGGCAGGGGGCCGAUGCCCCAGCUGCAGAUGAGCUUGCUUUGGCGGUUGGGGUUGACGGGGCAGAGUUCUUUGCCGCUGCUCCUGCUGCCCCCCCUGCGGCUGUUGGGUUUGCUGCUGUUGAGGGCGUGAUUGCGGCUGCGGCUGCGGCUGCGGCUGCUCUGACCUACCAUCCCGCGAGCUAUAGCUCGGGGUCAUGGAGGACGUAG